AUAAUUUAAUCAAACGUAAUAUCACCUUCACACGUGCCAAGCAGCUUCAACCACCUGGCAGUGUGUCAUCCCAUGACUCCGCUUGGCUCGCCACCUCUUGAAUCUUGAUUACGUGCGCUUUCUUGCUCGUUGACUACUCCUCCGUAGAAGUUAUCUACUGAUUCACCCGGCCUCUUCUCCCACACACUUCAAUCGAUAGAAAAAAACACACUUGUUAUUCCUCUUUAUAUCAAUCGCUGAUGUCUUCAACUUAUGCCACCGACGGUGCCGGAGCCGUGAAUACUGAGAUCCCGCCGGGAAAACCCAUGUCGCUGGAGCAACAAAUUCUUGACAAAGGGUCUCAAAUGUUGCAGUCCUUAAGUCCCAUCAGGCAGAUGAGCCAACAUGCUUGUACUUUUGCUUUGUACAGCCAUGACAUGUCUCGUCAAAUCGAGACUCACCACUUCAUCACGCGACUUAACCAGGACUUCCUCCAGGCUGCAGUUUACGACACUGGUGACUCCAAUGGCCGUCUCAUCGGAGUGGAAUAUAUAGUUUCUGAUACUAUCUUUGAAACGCUGCCACCUGAGGAACAAAAACUCUGGCACUCUCAUGCCUACGAGAUAAAAUCUGGUCUAUGGGUUCACCCAAGAAUGCCAGAUAUGAUUGUCAUGCCGGAGUUAAAAAAUCUAGCCAAAACUUACGGCAAGUUUUGGUGCACAUGGCAAACUGAUAGAGGUGAUAAACUUCCAUUGGGCCCUCCAUCGUUAAUGAUGUCUCCGCAAGCGGCGGAGGAUGGGGUGGUGAAACCAGAGUUGGUGAAGAAGAGAGAUGACAAAUACAACUUCUCAAGAGAUGAUCUGAUGAAGUCGAGGAUUGAGAUUCCGGAAUCAGAAUGGAUAAACCCAACAGCUGAUUACUGGAGGCAGCACAAGAAAUGUUUUGAAGUGGACGUAGAAAGCACGGAUAUGAAGAAACUGUGUGCUUUCCCUUAAACUGAAUGGUUUGUACUCGACUUGCAGAUGGUAUAGGUGUAGAUUUCUUUGUAAUAAACCUAAAGGAUUAUACCCUACUCCUUUACACAACAGUAUAAACAUCGUAUAAACGAAUGUGUUGGCACCUACACAGACAAGACAAAGUCACAUACUGAAAAGAAAAGCAAACACAAUCGAAAAUGAACCGAAAAACAAUUAAGGUAUAUGUCUGUCAUAUGUAUCUGCACGUGAGCAUACGAUUAAGGUUGUAUGUCUGUCACAUGUAUCUACACGUGAGCAUACUAUGAAGGUGUUGUUAUUUCAAUAUUCUCUCUCAACACCUGCUUCCACUAGGCCCAAUAUGUUGCAGAAUUCAACCAAGUAUGUAGGCUUUUUGUAAACAAAUCUGCAGCUUGUUCUCUGGUGUUUACAUAUUGUAAAUCAAUUUCUUCUUUAAGAACCUUCUGGCGGAUAAAAUGAUGGUGGAUUUCUUUAUGCUUGGUCCGGGCUAGAGGUGGUCACGAAAGAUAGGAACCUGAUACUCCGCAUCUUGAUUCAUACUGUAUCUUUUAACAGUUAAAAGAGCCACACUCUCUUCAGCUGCCAUUGCAGCAGCAGGGUACUCGGUUUCGGUUGUGGAGAGGGACAUAGUUGGUUGAUGUUUGUUGCACCAUGACACAAGACUUGAUCCAAUCAUGAAGACAUAACCAGUAUUGGAACGUGGAGUGUUCAUGUCACCAGCAUAGUGAGCAUCACAGUAACUGAUAACAUGCUUCCUGAUUUCCUCUUAAACAUAAUUCCAUGGUUCAAAGUUGUCUUGAUGAAUCUCAACACUCAUCCAUCAAGAUGAGGUUUUCUAGGAUUUUGUAUGUACCUCCUUAGGCCUCCAAACACAAAUGCAAUAUCUAGCUUUCUCAGGGUUGAAUAAAUAAGGAUUCCCAGGGUCUUUUUA